CAUUCGUACCUAGCGACGCUGCAAUCCUUGGUCGAUGACCCCCAGCACGCCGUACCUGACAUAUUUCUGUGGUUGGUAAGUGGAGGAAAAAGGCAAGCAUAUCACCGAAUCAUUGCUAGAGACAUACUAUACGCGAUCGUCGACGAAGAACGAGGAAAAUCUUGCGGGAAAGUGCAGACAAUAUUCUUAAAGUUACCAGGAAAAAAGGCGGUUGGUCCCACUGGUUGGGCUAUUCAAGCAAAAUUGCAAAUAUCCCUUUGGUUGGGGCUGUUAAAGCAAAAGAAGAAUUUCUUAAACGGAGUCCCUAACGGAUACGAAAUAACGCAGGAAAUACGCAAUGCGGAUAGGCCACAUGCUUUACCUCCACUAACGAUCCACUACACCGAAAAACACGUCUUCCAAUUGCGAGCGCAUAUUUACCAAGCGCGCUCUCUAAUCGGCUCCGACGCAUCCGGUCUCUCAGAUCCAUUUGCUACAGUCAUAGCAGGCGAGUUUAGCAAGACAACCCAAGUUAUAGAUGAAACAGUUAGCCCGACCUGGGACGAGUUGCUCAUAUUCGACGAAAUCCUCAUAUACGGAACAAGCGAAGACAUACAGCAGGAUCCACCCUUCGUCAUUAUCGAAAUUUUCGAUCAAGACAAAGUGGGGAAGUCGGAGUUUAUCGGUCGCACCAUGGCGAAACCCCACGUAAAGUUACGCGGCGAUGCGUACUGGAAGCCGAAAUUUCCACCCUCAUUAGAGUGGUUUGAUGUUAAAAGAAGCGCGGAUCGCGCCGGCGAAUUGCUGGCGACCUUUGAACUCUUGGAGUACCCCGAUGGCGAUUCAAAGGAAGAGGCACUUCCACCUACUCCCGAAACCAAGCAAGCUUCGGAUUCUAAAGAUACCGACAUGAAAGAUCUUGGACCAAUACUUCCCGUACCGAAAGGUAUCAGACCAACGCUUUGUACAUACCGCAUCGAAGUACUUUUCUGGGGUCUGAGAGACCUGAAACGUGUGCAUUUGAUGACCGUCGACAAGCCGAGGGUCGAUAUCGAUUGCGCAGGUCACACUUUGUACUCGCCGAUUAUUCCGAAUGCCAAAAAGAACCCCAACUUCAGCAGCCCAAUCAAAUUUCUGGACUUAGAGCUGCCGGAGCAAGAACUUUACCGCCCGCCCUUAACAAUACGCGCGGUCGAUUGUCGAAGCUUCGGCCGAUACACGCUCGUAGGAACACACACGAUUAACUCCAUUCAAAAGUACAUCUACGUACCUCGCACGCGAAGAGAAAGAGAGGCAGAAGAACGUAAGCGCUCGAUUAACGCGGCGAACCAGACGAACGAAACGCACGCGACACUCAACACUUCGACAGACGACGAAAACAAAGAAAAGAGCCCUCUCCUACCGAAAGAACCCAAUGGCGCAAUUUCCUAUGGAAGUAGAGAGACAACCAAGAAACCUAAACCGGAAACUCAGAAGAAGAAAAGCGAGGAGGAUGAGCUGGAGCACGAAGAAGAAGAUAGGGAUUGGUGGACCAAGUAUUACUCAUCCGGCGAUGUCGUUAAGGACACCAGAACUCCAGCAAGCAAGAAUCAAAGUUUGUUGCGGCACGAUAUCAGUCCUUCAGAUCUCGAGGAUGUCGAAGUGAUAAGCAGCAAAUCAACGGACCGCAAGAAGUUUGGAUUUAAAGCCGUUGGAACGGCCACGCGGUUUGUCACAAAGCUAAGUCCGAAAGCUACGGGAAAACCUAAACGUAAGUCGGCUUUCUCCAGGAUAUUUGAUAUGGAACUAGAAAAAAUACCCGAAUUUAAUGGGUUUAAGGAUUGGUUGCAUACCUUCGAAUUGUAUCGCGGUAAGAAAAGCGCGGACGAGUCCGAGGACGACAACCGCAUCGUGGGAUCGUUUAAAGGAGCAAUAACGAUCUACAAGUGGCCCUUGCCCAAUGAUUUUGAGGAUUUCCACCUGACAGGUUUCGACCUGAACUAUGGAUUACUCCAAGGGCUUCCUUCCAAUGAGCAAAUCCGAGUUUUAGUACGCGUUUACGUUGUUAAAGCGCUGGAGUUGCAUCCAAUGGAUCUAAACGGAAAAGCUGAUCCCUAUAUAGUACUACAGCUCGGCGCCAAAAGAGUGACAGACAAGGAGAAUUACGUAUCUAAGCAAUUAAACCCGGUCUUCGGAAAAUGCUUCGAAUUCGAGGCAACGUUUCCGCAAGAUUCCCUCUUGACUGUACAAAUAUUUGAUUGGGAUCUGGUGAGUGCAGAUGAUAUGAUUGGCGAGACAAAAAUUGACUUGGAGAACAGAUUCUACAGCCGUCACAGAGCCACCUGCGGGAUUGCCUUAAAAUAUGAGGAAGACGGUUACAAUGCGUGGAGAGAUCCAAUGAAACCCACACAAAUUUUAGCGAAACUAUGCAAGGAAGCCAAGAUCGAUCCGCCUGUAUACACUCCAGGUCACGUAAAAGUUGGUCGAAUUACCGUUCCAGUAAAUGUUGACGAGGUAGAUGACUUAAAAAUAAUGGAAGAAAGGAUGGCUCUCACUAUUUUGCAUAAAUGGCAGGAGUUCCCCAUCGGAUGCUACCUGACACCCGAGCAUAUAGAGACUCGUUCACUGUACAACCCAGAAAAGCCAGGCAUGGAACAAGGAAAAAUUGAAAUGUGGGUGGACAUGUUCCCCAUGGACAUGCCCUUACCUGGACCCCCUACUAAUAUAUCACCACGCAAACCGAAAGGCUACGAAUUACGGGUCAUUAUUUGGAACACAGACGAAGUUGUGUUAGAAGACGACGCAUUUUUCACCGGUGAAAAGAUGUCGGACAUUUACGUUAAAGGUUGGGUCAAAGGCACAGAAGACAACCAGUCAACCGACAUCCACUACCGAUCGCUAACAGGCGAGGGUAACUUUAAUUGGCGAUUCGUCUACAAUUUCGACUAUUUGAGUGCGGAAAGACGAAUUGUCAUAACAAAGAAAGAGUCCGUAUUCUCUUGGGACGAAUCCGAAACUAAAAUUCCCGCCCGACUCGACUUGCAAGUGUGGGACGCGGAUCAUUUUUCAGCGGACGACUUCCUAGGCGCCCUCACGCUAGAUUUAAAUAAAUUUCCCCGCGGUGCGAAAUCGGCAAAACUGUGUACCAUGGAAAUGAUAACAAGAAACGACGGAUCGGUGCCCAUGGUUAACAUUUUUAAACAGAAACGAAUCAAGGGUUGGUGGCCAUUUUACAUUAAAAAGGACAACGAAGUCUUAGAAUUAACCGGCAAGGUGGAAGCGGAACUACACCUCUUAACUCAGGAGGAAGCUGAAAAGAAUCCAGUUGGAUUAGGCAGAAACGAACCCGAACCAUUAGACAAGCCAAAUCGACCAGAUACGUCAUUUGUUUGGUUUAUGAAUCCGUUAAAAUCGCUCAGAUACAUCCUAUGGCAAAACUUGAAGUGGAAAAUACUUAAGUUUCUAGUAAUAUUGGCACUAACGUUACUACUUCUAUUAUUUUUCUAUUCGUUACCUGGAUACACAGCCAAGAGGAUCGUGGGGGCGAAGUAAGCAUACAUAUAUUUUCCAUAUCAUGUACUUAUUUGUAAAUAAUAUUUAAAUUAAAGUUAAUGAUACUAAUUGUUAA